AUGGCUCGAAACACGCCACCCUCGCCGCCGUCGCCGUCGCACAACUCUCCACCUCAAUCAGUAUCUGGCGACCCGGCCGCCGACAGACGCUCCAUUCUUUUCAAGCGUCUCUUCAACAUUCUGCCACAACUAAACCUCCUAGCGGCGCUCACAGCCAGCGCCUCCAUCGGCGCCCUCACUUUCGACGAGUUUCACCCGACUCUGGGUCCCAUAAACUGCGCCGCAGAAGGCCUGCUCACGAGCUGCGCAAUAUCCGCGACCGCCUCCAUCAUGCUGUCCACCAUGCUCAUGUUCCGAUUCGAGGCGCUCGAGGUGGUGCUGAAGAAGCAAUAUUUGCUGCUAUGGACGCCUUUGGUUCUCUUGGAUUGGUCUAUCCUGGCACUGCUUAUAGGCAUCACGCUGUGGUAUCUAGAGAAGAAUGCUACCUGGCGAGCUGCUUUGAUGGUGGCUCAGGUUAGCGGUCUUUUGGGGUUUUCCGUAUGGGUGGCUGUCAGAAUGGCGAUUACGAUGCGACGUGAGGGCGGAAUUGGUGGGCCCGUGGUUGCAUAA